CCCCCGCCCCCCCACUCUCUCUCGUGCCAAAACCCUAGCCGUAGUCUCAUCACUUUGUCGCUCCGUCGUCGACUUCUACAACCCAAGCCGUCGUCUUCAUCACUCUGUGUCGCUCCGUCGUCGACUUCAAGAACCCAAGAAGCGGGAUUUUUCUUCUUAAAGAUGAAUUUAAUAUCUCAAAAUUUUCCCUCCAAAAGUAGAGCCAAUAAGACUAAAAGGGAGGACGCUGAUGAGCCUUCAUCUCUGCAAGGGAAUGAAGAUGCUGAAAAUGAACAUUUGGAUAUUUUAAGGAUGACUAAGAGAAAGAAAGAGCGCAAGGAAGAGGAUGAGAAGUUGGCAAUUGAGCAAGACAGAGAAAUGAAGAAGCUGGAGAACUCUUUGUUCGGGUCCCUGUAUUCACCUGUUGAGUUUGGGAAUGAAGACAAGGAAGACACUCGAGACUGGGCUGAGAAUGGUUCUGCUUUGUUCAUCAUGGACCGAACUGCAAAUGGUGUGCUCUCUGUUUAUGAAGAGGAUGAAGAAUUCCCAGAAAGAACUAAUGGUGAGGAGGAAACUAAGCAAAGAAAACCUGUCUGGGCAGAUGAGGAAGAAGAAAAAACCAAAAUAAAUAUUGCUCAAGUUAACAGAUUAAGGAAACUGAGGAAGGAAGAAGAUGAGAGUUUGAUUUCUGGUUCCGAGUAUGUGUCAAGAUUGAGGGCUCAGCAUGUUAAGCUUAACCCCAGCACAGAUUGGGCCAAACUUGAUUCACGAGCAAGUAAUGAUACAUCUUUUGAUGAUGAGUCGUCAGAUGAAGAGAAUGGGGCAGCACUGGCCCGUGGUUACGAGGAUGUUGAAACUGUUGAGGAUGUUCUUCGAACGAACGAAGACCUUGUUGUGAGAAGCAGUGCAAAAUUGUUGCCUGGACUUCUUGAAUACUCAAGACUUGUGGAUGCAAAUACAGAGGAUCCUUCUAAAGGUCCAAUUAAUGCUGUUCAGUUCCAUCGGAAUGCUCAGUUGCUACUUGUUGCGGGAUUGGAUCGGGGGCUUAGAUUUUAUCAAAUCGAUGGAAAACGGAACACCAAGAUACAAAGUAUUUUCCUUGAUGAUUGUCCCAUUCGGAAGGCAUCUUUCUUGCCCGAUGGUUCUCAGGUUAUUAUAGCAGGAAGGAGAAAGUUCUUCUAUAGCUUUGAUUUAGUUAAAGCAAGAAUUGAUAAAAUAGGCCCUCUGGUUGGCAGGGAGGAGAAAAGCUUGGAAUUUUUUGAGGUUUCUCCUGAUUCUAGCACAAUUGCAUUUGUUGGAAAUGAAGGUUAUAUCUUGCUGGUCUCUUCCAAAACGAAGGAACUGAUUGGGACACUAAAGAUGAAUGGAACUGUUCGAUCUUUAGCUUUUGUUGAUGGCGGGCAACAAUUAUUGAGCUCUGGUGGUGAUGGACAGAUCUACCACUGGGAUUUGAGAACAAUGGCUUGCAUCCAUAAGGCUGUUGAUGAAGGUUGCAUAAAAGGUACGGCUCUUUGCACUUCCUCAAAUGGAAAACUGUUUGCAGCUGGUUCAGACAGUGGUAUCGUGAAUAUUUACAACAGAGAGGAGUUUUUAGGGGGCAAGAGAAAACCUAUGAAGACCAUAGAAAAUCUAACCUCCAAAGUGGAUUUUCUGAAAUUUAAUAACGAUGGUCAAAUAUUGGCAAUUUGUUCUAGCAUGAAGAAGAACAGUUUGAAGUUGAUACAUGUCCCGUCAUUUACGGCAUUCUCAAACUGGCCUCUCAACAAAUCCCUACAUUAUCCACGCUGUUUAGAUUUCAGCCCUGGUGGUGGCUUCAUGGCUAUGGGAAAUGCAGGUGGAAAGGUGUUGUUAUACAAGUUGCAUCAUUACCAUCAAGCCUAGAGCGGGUGUGACAAUAUGGUGUGAGAUGGUACUCUUCAUGUUGUAUGCUGGCAAUCCGUUCUUUAUUUGUGGACUCACUUAAUAUUGUAGUAAUUCUAGCUUGUAGUACUGGUUGCAGAAGAAAGGAUUUCUGCAGUAAUUUUGCUCAAUGACGACUUGUUUUUGUUUUGUUGCACAAAUUUUUUUUCAGAUUAAGAUUUUUGUAACUUAAUCAGUUGAUUCUUUGUACCGAGUACAAUCUGAUACUGCUGGCAUGAUUUGAUCCUUGCCAUCUUUUUCA